AUGAUUAUUGUCAUCGUUAUCACUCAUCAACAAUGUCGCAAUGUUAUUAACUUACUCGGAUGUAAUACAUGUGUGGCAGUUAGUUUCUAUUUGAUCAAUGCUAUUAUUACAUCUAUCUAUUCAUUUCGAGAAGAUUGGGCAUUUUAUGCACCUCAUUGCGUUUUUCGAGGUUACUGUUUGACGGCAGGUCUUGCUGUUAUAGGCUAUUCAUAUUCAAUUCAAGCAAUUUGUCGUCUAUUUUUCGCUGUUUUCUACAAACAUAAACAUCUUCAGACGUAUCGUACUCAUUGGAUUAUGAUAAUUAUCCAGUGGUUAAUUGGUCUUCUAGUACCAGUUGUACCUUUUUUCAUUAAAGAUUCUUACGAACUAGAAAAAGAAUCUCGCGCUUGUCGCUUGACAAGUCAUACACCUGCUGGCUCAUUAUAUGGUACUAUAACAAUAUAUGUUGUUCCAUUAAGUGCUGUAAUAAUUGUUUAUGAAAUAAUUUUUUACCGCGUUCGUCAAUCGACUCGUCGAGUUUGGGCUAUUGCACCAACUGUAAUUAGACUUCCUGCUAACAAUAAUGUUGCUGCACCUAAUAUGAAACGGAGUGGUGGAAAUGCAGCAAUAACAGCCGUCAUACCAAUAAUCAAAGUAGAAGAAAUGAUUAAUCAAACAUUUCGUAUAAUAGGAGAUACUUGA